AAGUGUUGAACUGGUGGUGAAAGAGGUAGAGAAAAACAGUGCGUGGUAGGACAAAAGUUCUUUGUUUUUGUUGAAUUAUUUUCAGUUUACACCAGUUUAAUAGUUCAAAAAUACCCCUAAACAAAAGUCCAUUUAACGUCAAUAAAACGUAAAUUAAAAGUGCAAUAACUGCAAACAAAAAUUUCUGUUUUUAAUUCUGAUGUGUUUAAUGGCGUCAUUUCUAUUCAUUUGAGGGACACAGGAAAAGUUGCUCAGCAGGAGAAAUCGUUUCCUAUAAUAAACAGUUUUUUUUUUUUCAUUUAAUUUAUAUUGAACAAUCUUUUGUGAUUGUGAGAUAAAAUGGCAGCACCGAGAGCGAAUUGCAGUGCUUUACGUGCUUUGUCCGUCGAAUAUAAAAGUCUACAGGAAGAACCAGUUGAAGGAUUUCGCGUCAAACUCGUAAAUGAGGACAAUCUUUUUGAAUGGGAAGUCGCUAUUUUUGGACCCCCGGACACUUUGUACAUGGGAGGUUGUUUUAAGGCUAGAAUGAAGUUUCCAACAGAUUAUCCAUAUUCACCACCAUCUAUAAGGUUUUUAACAAAAGUCUGGCAUCCAAAUGUUUAUGAGAACGGUGAUUUAUGCAUCAGCAUUCUUCAUCCUCCAGUCGACGAUCCACAAUCUGGUGAGUUGCCAUGCGAACGUUGGAACCCCACCCAAAAUGUGAGGACGAUUCUGCUCUCUGUCAUUUCGCUGCUAAACGAACCCAACACUUAUAGUCCUGCCAAUGUGGAUGCGUCGGUUAUGUACAGACGUUGGCGUGAAUCUAAAGGAAGAGAUAAGGAGUAUGAGAACAUUAUCAGAAAACAAGCAUUGGCAGCCAGAGUAGAAGCUGAAAGAGAUGGAAUUCAAGUGCCACUUACUCUUGAAGAUUAUUGUAUAAAAACUCAGGUAAAACCUAGCAAUGCAGAGUCUCAAGCUGAAAUGCCAGAUUUCUACGAUGACGAUUAUGACGAAGACUACGAUGAGUUCUCUGAUGAUUCCGACUACGUCGAUGAAGACGAUAACGAUAGCGGUAACGGUGAAUCGUGAUAACUUCUUGAAUCUGGAGGCCGCGCUGGCGCAAGUUCAAGGACUCGAAAAAUUGAUACGUGUAUAUAUUUUUUUGAUUAUCUUCUCUUUCUCAUUCGUUCUGUUUUUGGUUUACUUCACAGCUUAUAAACGUUGUCAUGUCAAUAAUAAUCCCGUGUAGUAGUGAGAAAAAAAAAACAGUGCAUGCUCUGAACAGUGAUUUACUAAACUUGUAGAAUGUAUGCUCUAAUAUUUUAGUAAAAUGUCACUGUUUCAAUGUACUAUUUUAAAAUUGCAAUAUAGAUACUGUCUAGAAUCACCACUCUAUGAAAUUUUCUUAUUUGUGCUGAUCUAGAUAAGUAUUAAAGAAAAAUAGUGAAAACUAAUCAUUAUAAAUGUGAAUUGAAGAAAAAAAUAUUUAUAAAUAAUAGGAACAGGUAACAGAAAACCAAAUUGAUAUGUCCACCGCCAAUGAUUCUCUCUAUAGUUGAUCUCUAAUUUAAAUUGAUAAGUAUAGUGGAAUUUUGGAGGUGGUUUUCUGUUUUUAUCGUCGAUCUCAAUAAAGUACUAGCUAAUAUAAACAGUUACAUUAAUAGACCAUAUUUUUACCAGUAAGUUCCAAAAAAAAAAAAUCAAUUUUCAAGUUACAAAGUGAUUGUCCUUUCCCUUUUUAACUAAAAUACAGUUUAAUUAUUAUGUAUUAUCUUUUUUUAGUGUAAAUACUUAUUUAGGAUUUUUGGUUCCUCACAGGCAACGACUCUUUUGUUUUUUAGAAUUAAUGUUUAUUUUAGAUUCUACCAACAUAUAUACAAUGGCCAAAAAGUAUCUGGAAUAUUGUCAAACAAUUGUCUGAAAUUUAGGGAAUGUGCAAUUUACGUAAAUAAUUAUAUCAAUUUUCUUUGCAUUUAAAGGAAUUGAUUAUUGGAAGGGUCAAGGCCCAUUGAUGAAUAAAUAAACUAUCAAAUCUUGUCAUGUAAAAGUUAAGAUUAUGAUGGGGGAUAAUUCAAUUAAUACUUUUUUAAAUAUGUAAUAAAAUUAUAUAUUUUGAUAACAAUUAAUCAGUUUUCAUAUCCCUUUACACUAUAGCAGGUUUUUUAAGUACAAAAUUAAGUUAUAUGGCAACAACGCCACACAUAUUCAGUCCUAAUACUUUUUGACCCUAAUUGUAUAUAGAUUGAUAAGUUCAACAUUGAGGUUCAACUAUUGUACAUAAAUUUCAUAAAAUAUUAUAAAUUGUGUAUUUAGGACUCUUUAGUAUUUUAAGUAAGUCUUUAUCAAAAUAAUAUCUAGACUUUCUUUGGCUCUAUUAGUUUGCAGUCGGCACGCGGAAUUGAUCAAUAAGAAUCAAGAAUCUUUUUUUAGUUAUUUUUUUCAGUCAUUAGUUAUUACUGCAAAUAAUAAAGUCGAAAGAUUGAUCUCACGCGAAACAAAAAUUUGUUGGAAAAUAGAAUUGUGACGUUUUAUCGAAACGUACCGGAAAUAUACUGUGCGAGAGUCAAACUGAAUUUAAAAAUUGAAAAACUGAAAGUUAGAUGCCUUUUUGAUUGUUAAAUUUAGUUUGUACUAGUAAUAGGACUUUGAAUAAAUGUUUA